CAGUAGCUCUCACUGGGCUGCCCAGAGGAAACGAUGGACUCGAAAGAAACUUCCCGCUCCCUCUCGCUGUGGCUGAUGCUGUUGCUUUGCAUCCGGGGGUCCUUCGGAGUCCCCACGUUCAGGAAAGAGAGGGGCGUUCACCCCGACCCUGAACUCACUGACCGCCAGCACGAAGAUAACCAGAGCUUCCAGUAUGACCACGAGGCCUUUCUGGGCAAAGAAGAGGCUAAAACUUUCGAUCAGCUCACCCCUGAGGAAAGCAAGGAAAAGCUGGGGAAAAUUGUUGAUCGAAUUGAUGAUAACAAAGAUGGCUUUGUCACAACAGAGGAACUUAAAAAUUGGAUUAAACGAGUGCAGAAGCGGUACAUCUUUGAAAAUGUUGCUAAAGUCUGGAAAGAUUAUGACCUCAACAAAGACAACAAAAUUUCCUGGGAAGAAUACAAACAAGCCACAUAUGGCUAUUACCUAGAAAAUCCAGCAGAGUUUCAAGAUGCAACAGAGCAGCACAGCUUUAAAAAAAUGCUGCCUAGGGAUGAGAGAAGAUUCAAAAAUGCUGACCUGGAUGGCGACUCCGAAGCUACUCGUGAGGAGUUCACGGCAUUCCUUCACCCAGAGGAAUUUGAGCAUAUGAAAGACAUUGUUGUUCUAGAAACACUGGAAGACAUAGACAGAAAUGAAGACGGCUUUGUGGAUCAAGAUGAAUACAUUGCUGAUAUGUUCACACAUGAAGAUGGUGGUCCAGAACCUGACUGGGUAUUAACAGAACGUGAACAGUUUGCAGACUUUCGAGAUCUAAACAAGGAUGGGAAGAUGGAUAAAGAGGAGAUUCGGCACUGGAUUCUCCCACAAGACUAUGACCAUGCCCAAGCUGAGGCCAGGCAUUUAGUCUACGAAUCAGAUGUUGACAAGGAUCAGAAAUUAACUAAAGAAGAAAUUCUAGACAACUGGAAUAUGUUCGUUGGAAGCCAAGCUACAAAUUAUGGAGAAGACCUUACAAAAAACCAUGAUGAGCUAUGAUACUCUUUCAAAGGUGGAUGUAUCAGAGAUUUGAGUCUGUUUUUCUUGUACAUGACCAAAAUAACAGUGAUUAUUUUGGUAGGCUGGUUUUGCACCAAUAUAUUUUUUGACAAAGCAAUUUUGUUGAAUGCAAUAGUUACCACUUCUCUCUCUUUUUUUAAAAAAAGCACUUUUUUAAGGAUAGGAUUUCAAUUUAAUUAGGAAUGAACUUUCUAAAUACAUCUUGAUACUUUCUAACCUCAGUCCUCAACUUGGGGAAUUCCUCAGCAGAAUCAAUAAGACUUUACAAACAAAGCAUAAGCAAGAUGGACUUAGCAUCACAUCAUAUAGCCAUUGUUGUGGUCAUGGAAGUGGGAGCAACAUUUUUGCAGGGUUUUUUUUAACUCUUUCAUCACGCAUUCAAAACCAGUACCUCAAGGAGAGAGACAAUCACAACAUACCCAUCUUUUCACCUGAUAUGAUGAUUUUCCUUAUGUGAUGAUACCCUUUUUUCCAUCAGAAGAAGGUAAUGGAAACAUUUUGAUUCCUCGGCAAAAGAAACAUCACAAGAGGCUAUGGUGUCCAGCAGCCUUCCACAAAAUUAUGUCCUCCAGAAGUUAAGACUAUAGGUCAUCUCCUCUACCCAGCACAGGCAUCAUAAUGGGAAGUGUGGGAAGAUGCCAGAUUAGAAAGGCUGGCAAGUAGUGUCUCUUUAUUCCAGGUCUGUGUGUUAAGGAUUUCAGUGUUAGGUUUCUGUUUAGGGCAGCAGAAGCAGUGGGAAGGUGUCCAACCACUAUUUGCUGUGUCCCUCUUAGCUGAGUCAUGACUGGCACUAUCAACUUCAAUAGCUGUCCUGAUGAGAGCAUCUCUCAACAUUCCCUCCUGUACAAACUGAUGUUGGAAAGUUCUUUUGGGAUUGGGAUGUUACACUUGCUUUCUUGUAAUAUAGUCCAGCAUUUUUCAAACAGAACAAAAAUAUGUAUGUUACCAAGUCUGUUCAAAAACUCUUUCAAAGGUCUGAUUCCAUAUCUUACUCUUUGAAUGUACGAAAAGAGGAAUGUUUUCUGCAUCCUUCACUGUGCAUGAGCUGUUCCUUCAUUUCUCCUUCCUUCUCAAGUGUGGUUCAUUAUGUUGAAUGAUAUGGGCAGCUCUUGUGGGGGAAGAAUAUAUGAAUAAUCCACUGAAUACUUGCCUUGAGAUGGGACUUAACAUUAAUAGCUGUUGUUCAGGAUGAUGCAGUUUACUCCACAGGUAAACGAGACAUGUUUUGUCUGUAGGUGAUACUGCUUACAGCUGAUGUGAAUAGCAAUUCUCCCCAUUCAAGAAGGGAUUGAAAUGGUAGCUAGAACUGAAUAGAUCAUGCAUAUGGGUCCCCACUGCAAACACUACAUGCUGUGCAUGGUGGAGGGUGCACCCAAAUCCCACCAGGCAUGCAGGGUUUCUGCUCAUUUGACUAUGUGACGUGCCCUAUAGGUGAACCACACAUUCAAUAUAGUGGCAAGACUGCUCUCACUUCAUCCCUGUUUCAGAGGCAGGGAUGCACCAGCCGCUAGGCCUCUUCAGACCUGUGGAGGCUCUUCUUCCUGGAAAAGGCCCAUCCUUGGUGUGGAUGAUUCUUAUUGCAUGACUGCCAGUCUGGAAGAUGAGCAGAGUGCAAGUGAAUCUCUGAUCACAGACUGAAGAAAAAAUGGUAUUCCUAUUCUCCCUACCCCUUGGCUAGCUGGUCAGAGAUGAACAGGCUCUCUCAGCUACUUCAGGGGAAAUUAGCUUUCCACACAUUUUCUCUUGUGGACAGAAAACCCCUUGCAAGAGCGCUCUCAACAUUUUGGACUUCUUCCCCCUGGUGUACAGACAUAAACCUACAUUCAAAUUAAUACACUUCUUGUGAGUAUUUUAAUAACAGCAUCACCAUGUUAUGUACUUUGUUUAUUGAGAAGAACCUCCAGUGCAGAGCUGCUAUUUUCUUUUCUUUAUGGGUAGCAGAUCACUUCGUUUCUACAAGAGAGGAGUAAAUUCACAAGAGAACAGAAACCACAACACCAUUUCCAGUCUAGGUCUUUUGGUGGGAACUUAAAGAGCCUUUCAAGUCCUUUAUUUGCAGCAAGAUUGUGGGGACACCGUACUGAACAGACGGUUGUGCAGGUAUGAAUAUAGAUGGAAAGAUGUGCAUUGCCACUUUAAGGAGAUCAUCUGUUACCAGCUAAUAUAACCUUUCAGCUUUUCUGUAUUGUGUAAAGCAUAUGAGCUGCUCCUUGUACUAACUGCAGUUUGACCUGUAUUGACUUGAAGGUAUGAACAAUAAACAUUUUGGAAUAAUUUUGAA